AUGUUCUCCCGUCUUCGCUCUGAACAGCCUACACCCCGCAAGAGCGAGUCUCCCGCUCGUUUCAAGGACCUGAAGCGUCGCCUGUUCGAUGAGGACGAAGAACCUGUCAAUAUGAGCCCACCUUCACCAAAGCGACGCAAGAAGGGAUAUUACUCAGUUGCUCCUCUCUUUGACAAAUACAAGGGACGUGAGGUCGACGAGGACGGCCAGCCCUCAAACCGCCACCACGGUCAUCAUCGACGUCCCAGCCCGUCUCCCGACCCCGAACAGCCACUAGUCAAGGAGCUUGACGGUAAGAACUUAAAUAAUCCUGGAUUGCAAGUCUCACCUUUACCAACCCUCUUCCCAGACCGCUACGCAAAUCUGCGCGCGACCAUUCACAGCGCCGCAAUAUCCUCGCUCGCCUCGACGGAAUCCCAGCUUUCCGCGGCUAGCGAGUCGUCCAUCCGAGCCAACCGUCAAAAGCUGCUCUCCUUGAACUCGGAGAUCGAGUCUCUCGCCGCGCCGCUCCAAAGCCUGUCCGUGGACUACAUGGCGACCGGCGAAGACGGCCUCCCCCGCACCGUCGCCGUCUCCAUGAAGACGGCCAUCUCCGCCUUCGAGGAGAAGUUGGAGAGCACCGUUGCCGAGCUCGACGGGAUCUGGGCCGAGUGGGAGCAGAUCAACGCCGAGAUCGAGGAGCUUGGCUCCAACAUGGGCAUAUUGCCGCGAAAGGCGCCGGGUUUGACGCAUGCCGGCGGUGGUGGUGUUCGUAAAGGAACGGCCGUACCUAGUUCUACUUCCGCCUCGCACUCCGAAGCCUUGGUGAAAUUCGACACGGAUCUGAAAAUGGCGAGCAAGGACGCGAUCGAGGAGAUGACGAUGUACGAGGAGAAAUUUCUUUCGGAAAUCGAGAAAGAGGCUGGAAAUAUCUUGCACUCUUUCCUAGAUCGUUAA